GCUGUGCGGAAUUAGCCAUGCCCUGCCCAGGCUUCCUCUGACCGGCUGCAUUUCUCCGUCUUCUCUCCGCCUGCACACCGGAGGGCAACGUAGGAUGAGAAUCGGCCAACAUGAUGCAAGGACUGAAAAACCGAACCAGGAGAGCCCUGGGUCUACGAAAGAAAGACAAAGACACAGACACAACGAGCUCACCUGACAGAGAAGGGGCUGGAAGUGGAAAGAAGGUAAAUAAAAAGGCCAAUGGGGCUCCCAAUGGUUUCUAUGGGGAGAUUGACUGGGACAGAUAUGCGACUCCUGAUGUGGACGAGGAGGGAUUCAGCCUCCGGCCCGGUGACGAGGGCGAUGUUGCUUCCAAAGCAAAGCAAUUUUUCUCCUCCAGCGACUCUGAAGACGAUGACGAAAGCAGGAAAAAGUUCAAAAUCAAGAUCAAGCCACUGGUGUCGGACAGUGCCAAGUGUGUCCCUCCAUCUAUGGACGAGCUAAAAGCCUCAGUGGGCGGCCUGGCCCUCUCUCCGUCUCUGAAGAGAAGUCCGAGACGCAGCCCGGGGCUGAUAAAAAGAAAUUUGUCCUGUGAGGAGAUUGCCAGACCGAGACGCUCCACCCCGACUCCAAGUCCUGCACCUGAGAUAACAAGUGACAGGCUAUCACAGAACGUUCCCUCCUUCUUCGGGCUGCCUUCAGAGACCAAAUAUGCCAGAUAUGAUGUGGUUCCUGCUGAUAUGUGGGUAGAAUCAAGACCACGGUCAGACUCUCCUCUGAGCAUAAGUUUCCCAACAGGAGCUCCUCCUCCUCUUCCUCCAAAAAACAUUCCAUCAAGAAGUCAUUAUGGUUAUCCGUCAGAAUCAGCUGCUGAUCUAACCAAUGGGAGGGGAACUCGCAGUUCUGCCCCCAUCUACCUGAACGUCCUGUCCCCCGCCUCCUACCAAGGCUCCGAGGGCCCUGAGAUCGACGACGUGUUCGGCCCCGUCGACAGCCCUCAAACCAGUGAGGAAGCAAUGUCACCCAGAUGGGUUACCUUCCCUGAUGACAGACCCCCGCCACCGGAUGAACCCGCUCCCCCUCCACCACCGGACUCUCCUGCCCCAGACACGCCCUCGUCCACCCCCUCCACGCCCUGCCUCUCACCCGGACCUCCGCCAGACGAGCCCCCGCCUUCACCCCCACCCUUUCCCCCCAGGUCUCCUCCUCCUUUCACGCCACCGGAAUCGCCCCCCUCCAUUGUGCUCGGACCUCCUCCUCCGGAUGAGCCGGCGCCUCCCCUGCCACCGGACUUCUCUCCCUCUAGAUCGCCCCCCGUCUGCCUGGACGAGGAGGCGCUCGACGAAGAGGUGCUGCUGUUUGCAGCGUACUCAUCCUCCCCUGCUCCCAUCAGCCCUGUGCCCCCUCUGCCAGCUGAGCGGAGGUCCCCUCGAAUAGGAGUCACUUCUCCCCUGGUGCUCGGGGGCGCUGGAGGAAAAAGAACCCCAGAGGGUGCUUACCUGAGAGAUGAUAUCCCAGACUUUGUGGGCUCGCCCAGAGAGCUGACGCCGAGCUUCAGGGGCACGCCGCCUCCUCUCCCUCCAACCACCUACAGGUCUAUCAUGUCUUCCCCCGGGCCGUACUCAGGCAGCGGCCCCUCGUCUCCAGCUCGUCCUGCCACGCCUCAGUCCCGAGGCAGCCCAGUUCCUCCGCCUCCUCCCCCUCGACCGUCCUCGAGACCGAAGCUGCCCCCUGGGAAGCCAAUCACAGACCUGACUCGACCCUUCAGUCCGCCGGUUUCGGGCAGCCCCCCUCCUUUCGCGCCCCUGGCCCGGUCAGAGAGCUCUUCCUCCAUCUCCUCCAUUACCUCACAGAGUGCAGCAUCCACUCCGACCUUAGGGAGGGACCUUAACAUGUCCACCACAGAGGCCUCACAGCCUCUGGUAUGGUUUGACCAUGGCAGGUUUUAUUUAGCUUUUGAAGGAUGCUCCAGAGGACCCAGUCCACUCACCAUGGGACCCCAGGACACGCUGCCAGUGGCUGCUGCCUUCACAGAAACCAUCAAUGCCUACUUUAAAGGCGCUGAUCCCAGCAAAUGUGUUGUGAAGAUCACAGGGGAGAUGGUGCUCUCUUUCCCUGCGGGCAUCACCCGGCAUUUUUCAAGCCACCCGACUCAGCCCAUCCUCACCUUUAGCAUCAGCAGCUACAACAGACUGGAGCAGGUCCUCCCCAAUCCACAGCUGCUCUGCUGUGAUACCACGACAGAGAGUGUCGACACCAAGGAGUUCUGGGUAAAUAUGCCAAACUUGAUGAGCCAUCUGAAAAAAGUGGCCGAACAGAAGCCUCAGGCCACUUACUACAACGUGGACAUGAUCAAAUAUCAGGUGUCAGCAGAUGGGAUCCAGUCCACUCCUCUGAAUUUGGCAUUGAGUUGGCGAGGCGACGGCACCAACACAGACCUUAGAAUAGACUACAAAUACAACAAUGAGGCCUUGGCUGCUCCUGUGCCACUACACAACCUUCACUUUCUGGUACCUGUGGAUGGAGGCACAGCCAAACUCCAGGCCAUGAUCCCACCUGCCAUCUGGAAUCCAGAGCAGCAGACGAUACAGUGGAAGAUUCCCAGCCUCUCUCAUAGAUCUGACAAUGGAGGAGUAGGGGCUCUCCUGGGCCGGUUCCAGAUGAGAGAGGGUCACUGUAAGCCGUCCCAGCUGGCGGUGCAGUUUACCAGUGAGGGCAGCACUCUGUCAGGGUGCGACAUCCAGCUGGUGGGCACCGGUUACCGGCUAUCACUGGUCAAGAAGAGAUUUGCUGCAGGGAAAUAUUUGGCAGAUAAUUAGUGGACCUGUUUGUGAAGGGAUCCAAGAGAAUCAAUGGCUUUUGACUGUGACGACAAUGGACCCAUCUCAUGUUUAUUGUGUUUCAAACUUUAUCCUUAGCAGCCAUUGGAAUGAAUGGUUGAGAUUAAACAGACCACAACACAGGUACAUGAUAUUUGACCUUAUGACAUCAUAUUCAGUAGAGCAACUGCUGCUGAGUUUAUGCAAGUAAACACAAAUCCUUAGUUCUGGGUUCGUGGAAAUCUUCAAGGGUUUCACAGAUUUCAGUACAGAGAAAACAUGAUUUGUUAUUGUUGACAUAAUUGUGGAUUCAUGCAGUGAUCCAGCCUUAUUCAUUUCAAUUUAUUUUGUCUAACUGGUUGUCAUUGCAAAAUGCACUGUAACAGAUAAUGUGAAUAGAUUAUAUAAUAUAAAAACAAUCUUAAACAAGGUGGAAAAGAAUGGAAAUAUAAAAAUAAAAAAAGUAGUAUAAGAUUACUUUGCAGUUAUAUUACAAUAAGUUAUAGGUUACAUCGUAAUAUCUGAUUUACACUGCCACCCCAAUCUGAUUUUUUUUUUCACCAUGUGUGAAAAAUCUUUAGUUGUCCAAACAGAGAUUUAGUUUCUGUCGAGAUGAGCAUCUGAAAUGUCACAGCCCAUCCAGCAGUCGUACAGUUAGAGGUGAUUGGUUCUGCACAGUUCAAGAGACCUGCAGCACAUGUUACCUUUUGAAAGGGAAUUUUAUGUGGACAUUUUGAGCCGAUGGUGGCAGUAAAUCAGUCACAGCAGUUUGACCUGCUGAAGAACGAAAGCGUUUCCACUGUGGGCAAGUGCAAUGCUGUGAUACGUGAAAAUGUCCCCUAUCACAGGACUGUAGUGUUUUGGUGGUGUGAGUGAUUGGUCAGAUUUAAAAAAAAUAAACUGAUAUGAUGAGUAACGUGAGCUGCUACUUGGAACAGUUUGGGCUAAUCAUUCUGUCAAUGCUGCAGAAUUUUUACGUUUGAAAGGGCCUUAAGAUGUUCGAUACACACAGAGCCGGGUGUGAGUGCCAUACAGUGGUGAAAAGGAGCUUUAAGUUUCAGGAGGAAAUGCAGAGGGUGCUGGACUGACGAUUGUAGGACUAACCUUCAAUGCUGCUUAAAAACUUGGCCAGUUCCUUUUGACUGUGAUCUUUGACAGAGGUUUUUUUGACGAGGAUCACUGGGGACACCUCAGAGUAAUGAAAAGAAAUGUCUAUCGAGGAGAUAGCACUACUGGUGUCCCUGAUUUCAUUUCUUCCUUUUCCACCAUGUUGAAUAAAUGUUUUAUCAUUAUUUUCUAAUAGCAAUAUUUAAAAAACUUAAGUGUAAAUAGUGUACAUAAAAAAAAAAGCUAUGUUUCAAAUAUUUCUCUGGGCAUAUAGAUGUGUCUGUGGUUGUCUCUUGGUUAAUUGAUGUCAGCACCCAUAAUGCAUUAGGUUCUGUGUAACCCCACCACCACUUUUCUGCAUCUCUUGUUUCUACAUGUGGGUUUCUUGUACAAAGAAGUGUUACUGUGGACGAAUAACUCCAAAUGGUGCCGCAUGAAAUCUGCAUUUGUCCAUCACCAGUCUUUAUUAAUGCAAUACCAGUUCCUCCAUUUCAACAAGGUCAUUGUACGUGUUAUUGUGUAAUUGUGCAGUGAGAGGAGACGUUUUGCCUUCACAUGAAACUCCACUCUCUGUUCAAGAGAUCAUUGUCAAUGCAUUUGGCAUGUGUCCAUUGAUAUUCCCAUUCCAUGCAUCUAAAUAUAGGUGUUUGACAUUCUCCUGUGUUGGACUUGCAAGAAAAAGAAAAACACCUUAAAUUUCCUUCAUCAAAACAAUCCAUGGCUUCACGUCAUGCAUACACCCACACACACACACACGUUGGUAUGUUGUGUUUGAACAUCACAUUUUACAGAAUGUUUCGAUGUGUUGACUCACAGUUUGGGCUUGAGUCUCACAUUUGAUUUGGUUCAGGAAAAAGGAAGCAACCCUGUUAUUUGCAGUUAGUUUAGAGCAAUGUUUCAACAUUGUGUUUCUGUUGACAACGCUUUUGUUCUUUUGCCUUAUUUAUGUCCUCCUGUAUUGGAGGAUUUACUCUAAGUUUAUUUUUUUCUACAACUCUUUUUUUGCUGUAUUCCUUUCACUGCGGUAGACACAGAAUAUGCAAACAUUUCAUGUAAAUUUCCCAUCCAAAGAUUUUGAAAAUAAA